AUGAAGAGCGCCGUAGUCAUUAUCCUGACCCUUUUCGUGGCCAGCGGAUGGGCCCAGCCGCUGGAACUUCCCGCCGAUCUGGAAGCCCAGGUGCAAAGUCUGGUGGAAGAGAUGACCGAGAUUGCCAAGGCCACCGGCGAAGCUCUGGAACAGCAGUACGUGAAGGUCGUCCAGGAGCCGCAGAAGGAGCUGGAGGAUGCCCUCGACCAGAUGGAGUUGAGUCGCCAGGAGAGUCCCGAGUGCGUAGCCGCCCAAGAUCAGGAGAUUGCCAGUAUUGUGGAUGUCGCCGAGGGGGAUCUGCAGUCUUGCCGUAACGCUGCGGCCCAAACAUCCGCCGAAAUCGUCUCCGACGUAAGCGACGCACUGCAGCAAUUGGUCUUUGGAGGCUAUGAUCUGGUUGCCCAUUACCAAAAGUGCAAAAAUACCACUAACAGCGUUCUCCAGGUAACCUGCCAAAUCAGGCUUGCUAAAAAGUUCGCCCUCUAUAUGAGCAAUGGACGAAAAUCCAUCGAGACCAUCCGCCAGUCAAUCAGCGUGCGUAUCCCUGCUGUGAUCGACGACUAUAGGCAAUGCAUCCAGUCUGCAUCCUCGCAGGCAAUGCUCAGCCUCCAGGAGGUCAACAGUCACAUCGACGUCUGCAUCUCCCAACCCCACUAG